AUGCUGUACUCGGGCCUGCUGUCGGAGGGCGGGCGGGCGGAGGUGGAGGCCCGGGAGGCGGCCUCCCUGCGCCAGCGCCAGCGCCAGCAGCAGUUGCAGCAGUUGCAGCAGUUGCAGCAGCGGCAGCAGGUGCAGCAGCAGCAGCAGCAGGUGCAGCAGCAGCAGCAGCAGUUGCAGCAGCGUCGGCUGAAGCAGGCGGUGCAGUUCCUGCACAAGGACUCUGCGGACCUGCUCCCGCUGGACGGGCUGAAGAAGCUGGGCAGCUCCAAGGAUACGCAACCGCACAACAUUCUGCAGCGGCGCCUCAUGGAGACCAACCUGUCGAAGCUCCGGAACCGGGCCCCUUGGGCCCCGAAGGGCGAAGCGGCCAACAAGGCAUCCAGGGGCCACCAGGGCAAGCCUGAGGGGCUGAAGAAGGUGGAGGAAGAGGACAUGAUUCUGGUGUCCUGCCAGUGCUUUGGGAAGGAUUUGAAAGCCGUGGUGGACACUGGCUGUCAGUAUAACCUCAUCUCCUCUGCCUGUUUAGACAGACUAGGGUUGAAGGAGCACGUCAAGUCCUACAAACCCGAGGGGGAGAAGGCCUCCCUGCCCCGGCAUCUCAGAGUUACUGGCCAAAUCGAGCAUCUGGCCCUCACCCUGGGCUCGCUCCGCCUCGACUGCUCAGCCGCUGUCAUCGACGAUAAUGAGAAAACCCUGUCUCUGGGAUUACAGACGCUCCGAUCCCUGAAGUGCAUCAUAAAUAUGGAGAAGCGGCGCCUCGUGGUGGGGAAGACAGACAGGGAGGAAAUCCCAUUCGUGGAGAGCAAGGUCUCCUCGAAUGAAGACAACACUUCUGAGGCGUAAUGACAAUGUGCGACACACACACAC